CGAUACCCGACUGCGCUCAUUUGACUCUCUGUCGCACAGGAAGAGAAGACUGAACCUGUGCUUGGGGAUUUAGACUUGAUUUUGGCAUUAUCAAAGUCGCCGUGAACUACAGAAGAAGAAAAAAAAUCUUAUGAUUGAAGACAAAGGGAGGAUAUCAUUCUAAAGAAGCUUCAUCUGACGUAUCUUGCAGCAGGCCCUGUUACAGUGUGUCUCAGAAACAACAACAUGACUGAAGUGAUGAGCAUGGCAGACGUGUCAACAGACAUGAUGCAUAUAAACAACACAAAAAACAACGAUACGAACGAUAUAGCUGAUGAUAAUGAUACAGAGAACACAAUCAACGAUGAGGAAACAUGUGACGUGAGCAUGUCUGAAGAAGUGGAGAUAAAGAGUGAUGCAGAUGAAGCAAAGAAGACCAACUUACCAGAGAAGAAAGAGCCAAAACAGGAGACAAAGACCACCGGCCGGACGAGAAAACGAGAGAGGGUUUCAAAAACGAAUGAGGAAAACAUCAACCAAGUGGAGAAAGAUGAAGAAGAGGAUGCAUCGCAUGAUUUGACAAAUAUGUCAGAGGUGGCACUAAAACAAGAGAAACUGCUUAAAACAUCUAAGCCUGUACAGAGAAGUUAUAUUCCCAAGUUGGGGAAAGAAGAUGUGAAGAAUAAGUUUGAGUCCAUGCAGAAAGCUAGAGAAGAGAGAAACCAAAAGAGAAGUCAGGAGGAGCAAAAGAAACGCAGAGAGCAGUACGUUAAAGAGAAAGAGUAUAUUCGCAGGAAGCAAAUGAUAAAGGAACUGCUCGCUUCUAGUGAUGAAGAGGAAGAGGUGAAGCCGACGAAGACAGAGAAAUCGUAUGUUCCUAAGAUUACAGGCAGCGUGAAGGGGAAGUUUGCAGAGAUGGAGAAACAAAGGCAGGAGGAGGAGCGGAAAAGAACAGAAGAGGAGAGAAAGAAGCGAGCUGCACAGGAGGCCAUAGAGAAGGCCAAGAUUCAGAAAGAGCUGGCCAAGAAAGCAGAGGAGGACGGCGAUGACAGUCUGUUGGUACGAGUGGUGCCUAUAAAAUCACAGAAACAACCGGGAAAGAUUAAGAUCAACUUUGAGGACCUGGAGAAGAACAGAGAAGAGGAACUAAAGAAGCGAACUGAGGAGGAAAAGAAGAAAAGAUAUGAUGAAAACCGGCGGUCUUUCAGAGAGGCCAAGCGUCACUCCAUGAUUGAACAGGUGGACGAUGCAGAUUCUACUCCCAAGGAGAAGGAGCCGGUGACCCCUGGUAAACUGCAUCUGACCUUUGAAGAACAGGAGAAGGAGCGACAAGAGCAGCAGAGGAAACAGGCAGAGGAUGAGGCCCGACGCAGACUGGAGGAGGAAAGAAAAGCUUUUGAAGAGGCCAAGCUGGGCAUGGCCCAGGAUGAUGAGGAUACUCAGGAUCCCAAGGAGGAGAAGGAAGAAUUCAGACCUGGUAAACUUCGUCUCAGCUUUGAAGAGCUGGAAAGACAGAGGCUGGAAGAGGAACAUAAGCGAGUGGAGGAAGAAAGGAAAAGACGCAUUGAAGAAGAGAGAAAGGCCUUUGCUGAGGCCAGAAAGAGCAUGGUUGUAAAUAGUGAUGAUGACAUCCUGCUGGCCAUGAUGAACUCAGAUGGGACUAAACCCGGGAAGCUGGCCAUCAGCUUUGAGGAUUUGGAAAGACAGAGACGAGAAGAAGAGCAGAAAAGGAAAGAGGAGGAAGCCAAGCGACGGCUGGAAGAAGAGAAAAGACUUUUCGCAGAAGCUCGCAAGAAUAUGAGCCCUGGAUUGGAUCAGGAUAAUUUGACUGGAUAUGGAGAUACAGAAGUGCAGGAUGAUGAUAAAAAUCUGGUGAGGACAGAGUCACAGGAAGCAAUGCACCCAGGUAAACUAGAAAUCAACUUUGAGGAGAUGCUGAAAAUGAAAGAGGAGGCAGAGCGAAAACGCAAGCAGGAGGCCAGACGCCAGAAAAUGGAGAUGGAGAAGAAAGAGUUUGAACAGUUGCGACAAGAGAUGGGCGAGGAUGAGAUCAAUGAAAGCUCUGAGGUGGUGAGCACCGAGUACGAAGAACUAACAAAGCUGAAGCGAACCGGCUCCAUCCAGGCCAAAAGCCUGAAAUCUAAGUUCGAGAAGAUCAAACAGCUCACAGAGGAGGAGAUCCAGAAGAAGAUCGAGGAGGAACGAGCAAGAAGGAAAGAAAUUGAUGAGAAAAUCAAGGAGAGGGAGGCAGAGCGCUGUCAGGAGGAUGAAGAUGAGGAUAAAACAACUCCAGCUAAAGCAGAGGACGUCCCGUUCAGGCAGAAAGUGGACAUGCGUGCACGUUUUGAACAAAUGGCCAAGGCCAGAGAAGAAGAGCAAAAGAAGAAGAUCGAAGAGCAGAAAUUGCAAAGGAUGCAAUUUGAACAACAGGAAAUUGACGCGGCCCUUCAAAAAAAAAAGGAAGACGAGGAGGAGGAAGAGGGUAGCAUCAUUAACGGCUCCGCCGCCUACGAAGAUGAAGAGGAUCACGCCAGGUCGGGCGCUCCGUGGUUUAAAAAGCCCCUUAAGAACCAAUCAGUGGUAGACGCAGAGCCUGUGCGGUUCACAGUGAAGAUCACAGGAGAACCCAAACCAGAGGUCACCUGGUGGUUUGAAGGUGAGCUGCUGCCGGACUCUGAAGACUACCAGUACAUUGAGAGAGGGGAGACCUACUGCUUGUACUUGCCGGAAACGUUCCCCGAGGACGAAGGAGAGUACAUGUGCAAAGCCGUCAACAGCAGAGGAACUGCCGCCAGCACCUGCAUUCUCACCAUUGAAACUGAGGACUACUGAUGCUCUCCUUCUCUGGAACUUUCCCAGACUUUUAUUUUUUCCUAUAUAAAAGUUCAUUUCUGAAGGUAGGGCCAAAAACAGGAGUUUUUUUUUUUCAUUCCUCCUGAAGAUAUGCUCAAUGAUGAGGUGCAAUCUGUUGUUUACAUUAGAUGCUGCACUCACGGUUAACAAAACAACGACAACAAAUCCAUAUUUGGGAUGAAUUUGUGCCAAAAACACAGAUACUGUUCCCAUGAUCUUCUAGCAUAGAUACAUAGCAUAGCUGAAAAAGAAAUCCAGUUGAUUAAAUCCAGUUGAGUAUGUUCAAAAUAAAGCCACCAUGUCACUGAGGAAGGAUUUCAUACCCAUGUAACUGAAUGAAAGAGAUGUUAAUUAAGAGUUUGAUUCAGUGUCUGUAAAGGGGCUGUGGUCAUAAGCACCUCUAUUCAGACUUUUUUUCACAUUUUGAUCUGAGUAUUUAAAGUUUUGAAUAAAAUGUACACAUGGAGCUUUCAUAACCCCAGCUGUUUCUAUGUUAAAUUGUAGUGAGUAAAUGAAAUGUAUGGACAGUGUAUGUAGGUUAGCAAAAGGUGAUUUUAGGUUUUAGGCAGAAUAUUUGUGUAAUGUACAAAAUUAUAAUAAAAUUCAUGAAACUGAA